GUGGGCACAGGUGGGUGGCACUGCUGGGCACAGGUAGGUGGCACUUCUGGGCACAGGUGGGUGCACUGCUGGGCACAGGGGGCACUGCUGGGCACAGGUGGGUGCACUGCUGGGCACGGGUGGGCGGAGCUAGUGGGCGCACUGCUGGGCACAGGUGGGCAGAACUUGUGGGUGUCACUGCUGGGCACCGAUCAUCAGGGCACUGAUCAUCAGUGCCCUGAUGAUCGGUGCCGAUCCCCGCUCUGACAACUGCCGGUUCUCGGCAGUACUUUCCUCACGAUCUGACAGCGUGAGGAAAGUGCAGCCGAGAACCGGCACUUGCAU